AUGUUCUGCACAUCUCUACGGCGACGCAGGCAGUGGGCAUCAGCGGUUCCUUAUCUGCUUCAACAUGAUAAGAUGAAAUUCAGAGAGAGCAAAUUGGACACCCACGACGUGAAUCUGCCUCUACCCAGCACACAUCCAGGCCAACGCUACUUGCGGUUCGUCCUGCUCUCGGCCGCUGAUGGAGACAUAUCCUACAGGCAUCAGCGUGUUGAACGGCUCUAUCAUCUGUCAGGAAACAACGACGCCGCUGUCAUCUGGCUGCUCGGCAGUGCGGGCUGUACAUCCUCUUUCAUCCAGUUCCAGAUCAAACUGAUGGACGACAAGCUCGAUAUUCCUCUUGUCCCUCUGCUGAAGAUCGAGGACUUGCCGGCCACACUUCUCAGAUUCCACCGAUCUCUCCUCCAAGCCGAUGUAAUCACUCGACAGCCUGCAGUGCAAGCACCAAGCAUGGGUUCCAUGCAGUCACUACUCCCAUAUUGCGCGAUCGAGCCUCCUCUGAGUGAGAACAAGGUGCAUAUCCUCAGCGAUAUUACUGUUGGCCUCGCAGACCUGGCGAAUAAAGCAAAUACGGAGAUAGGAAGGGCCAAGAUUGUGGAUUACCUCGACCCCGAGGAUGCGGAGCGCACCAUCGGCUUCUGGGCGCAGGAAUACCUUGCUUGA